AGUCUGCACUUAUAGAUGCUGAAGCAAAUUUUAGAUAAAUUGUUUGAUACGUAGUAUAUGUUGAUCCAUUUAAUCAAAUGUGUCGAAAGGCUUGACAUUAAGUCACUAACUUGAUUGUUUCAUGUUCGGUUGGCAUUGUGUUGUGUUGUCGUGUCAUGUUAGCUUUUGUCCGCUCUAUGCCUCUAGUCCUCUCCUAUCUCAAUAUAUUUUCUUGUGCCUUUGAGCAAAAACAUCAAAUCUUUUAAUGUUCUUUGUAUUAAUUCUAUGUUUACUAAAAUAAAUUAACUUUUAACAUUUUUGAGGGAAAAAUACAAACUAACUUUUAUGAAAGGAAUCAGUGUUUUCUUCAAUUCAAUUUAGCUCCAAUCAGUUCAGUUCAGUAAAUCAGAACAGACCCUCAAUCAGAUUAGCAUUCGCUUAAUUAAGUAAAAAUUUCACUUAUGUAUAUCAACAAUUAAUCAUUCAUUCCACCAUAGCUUUAUUUUGGAAGCAUUUUUUACCAAGUAAAAAAAAAAAAAAAAAAAAAAAAAAAAAAAAAACACUUUUAUUCCACAAAAAAAAUCGUUACAUUUUCAUAUUACAGUAAUCAAAGCCUAACCUUCAACUUUACACUAUUUAUUCUUCUUUCCCUUCAAUUUUGGAACCCACUUUUUGCCACCAAUUUCACCAGCAAAACCCCAAAUCCCAGAAAAAUAUGGCAUCACAAAAACCUCCUCCUUCAUUACCUCAAAACCCAGAAUUAAGGAAAGACAAAAUCAACAACAAAUGGGUUGUUUUUUCUCCAGCAAGAUCCAAACGCCCUUCUGAUUUCAAGUCCAAAUCCCCUGUUUCAGACCCCAAUCUAACACAGUCGCAGACUUGCCCUUUUUGUAUUGGGCACGAGCACGAAUGUGCCCCGGAGAUUUUCCGAGUUCUGGAUGACUCGGAUUCUUAUUCUAAUUGGAGAAUCCGAGUCAUCCAGAACUUAUAUCCCGCUCUUAGCAGGGAUAUACAACCCCACAAUCCGGGUUUAGAAAACCCGGAUUGUGGGUUUGUACCCGGGUUUGGGUUUCAUGAUGUUGUGAUUGAGACAACCACCCACCCGGUUCAUUUGUCUGAUCUUCCCGGGUCCGGAGUUGGGGAGGUUUUGAUGGCUUAUAAAAAGAGGGCGCUUCAAAUUGCUUCUUUUGAUGACAUCCAAUAUAUUCAGGUGUUCAAAAAUCAUGGAGCUUCUGCUGGAGCGUCAAUGAGCCAUUCUCAUAGUCAGAUAAUAGCUCUUCCCAUUGUUCCCCCUUCUGUAUCUACUCGCCUUGCAGCUAUGAAAGAGCAUUUUGAGCAGACAGGGAACUGUAUCCUUUGUGAGAAGUUACCGAAAGAGCUUCUUAUUUAUGAAUCAAGACACUUUGUUUCAGUUGUUCCAUAUGCUGCAAGCUAUGCCUUUGAGAUUUGGAUUAUUCCGCGGGUUCACUCUGCCCAUUUCCAUGAUAUAGAUAAGGAAAAGGCAGACGACCUUGGUGGAUUACUCAAACUUAUGCUGAAAAAGAUGGCUUUACAACUAAAUAACCCACCAUUUAACUAUAUGAUUCACACAUCUCCUUUGCGAAUUGAUGAUUCACAAUUGAGCUGCAGUCACUGGUUUCUACAGAUAGUCCCUCAGUUGACUGUGCUAGCUGGAUUUGAAAUCGCUACUGGAUGUCACAUUAAUCCAGUAUUUCCUCAAGAUGCCGCUAAGAUAUUAAGAGAAGUUAACGUUGAAGACAGUGAAGAGAUUUUCAAAGAAGUUAAUGUUGAAGAUUCAGAGGAGAUACCGAAAGAAGUUAAGGUUGAUUGUUGAGAUGUGGACUCGAGUAUGGAAAAGAGUAGCUUGAGAUGAUACGAAGUAUCAAUUUUUUCGGUGAAUAAAAAUAUAAUCACUCCAUUUGUUUCAAAGUUAUUAUGAUUUGUGAUUUUAUCAUGUCAUGACUAUAUACAAUAGCUCAAGACAAGAAUUGACCUGUUGAGAGAUUGUAAUGUGAUGCAUGCCACAUUCGCAUGUAAUAGUUUAUACUUAGGGUGACAUAAUGAAUGAUGUAUGCUGAACAUGACGUACUAAUAUAAUACGAAGUAUUCUAACA